AUGCGCUCCGCCGCCGUCUCCAGCGUCCGCACCGUUGAGGAAACCGUCAAGAGCGUCAUCGGUCCUGUAUACGAAAAGUUCCACCUGGUUCCCGACGAGCUCCUCCGCAUUGCCGACCGCUCCGUCUCCCCCGUACAGCAUCCUCAAGCGCCUGCACGGACCACGGCCUCGGACAUUGCCGCAGCCGUCUACUCCAAGUGCAAACCGGCGGCGAAGGAGGCGUACGAUAGGUUUGGUGCCAAGGUGGAGCACUGCGCGGAGACGACAAGGCAGCGGCUGUUCCCCCCGGCGCCGAAGGCGUCGUGUUGGACGCAGAAGUACAACGAAAAAGUUGUGACGGCGGCGAAGAAGAGUUGUAGGGUUCCGGCAUUGGUUCCACCGGAGAGGAUGGCGAGGAUGCUUAGCGAUAAACGAAUACCUCAAAAUCCCUUCCAUAGUUAA